AUGGGAUGGUUUCUAUUUGAGAGAUUUUAUGCCAUUUUCUGGCUCGUCUAUCCUGCCUUCGUAUCGUUCUUUAUGUCAGCAAUAACCUAUCCACUAGGCUUUGGAAAAUAUCUUGCUGGUGAGGAAGUAUUCAGUCACACAGUGCAUGAUUUCUUCAUCGCUUGUUCGUGGAUCCAUGACACUCCGUACUCAUGUCCUCGAGCAGUCAACGAGUCGUGGAUUGGACCAAAUGGGGACAUAAGCAUUUUCCACUCACUUGUUGCAUUUCAAAUAACAUUUUUUAUCUUAUCAAUAAUCGCUUCAACUCUUCCAGUUCCAGCAGGGAUAUUUAUGCCAGUUUUCGUACUUGGAGGAGCGUUUGGUCGAUACACAGGUCGCUUAAAUGGUAUCCUACUAACAAUGUUUCAGCAGGAUAUAUUCUGUUACAGGCGAGGCUCUGACGAAGGCGAACUCGCCGAAACGCGUAAGCAUCGGCACGUGCUGAGUACCAAUGAUAUUGUACCAUGUGCAGGUCUCCUGUCCCCAUGGAUCGACAAGUUCAAAAGAGAUAUGUGGACCUUCCCUUUUGAUAUGAGGUAUUCAGGAGCUGCUGCAUUCUGUGGGGCAGUCACUCAUACUGUAUCCGUGGCCGUGAUUGUUUUCGAACUAACAGGACAACUCGUACUUCUCAUACCGGUUAUGGUAGAAUCUUCAACUUCACCUUUUCUUUACUAUUGUAUUUAG